CCGUCCCGGCAGCCCUUGCGCCGCCAUGGCGGAGGCCGCGGCCGCUCGGCCGCCGCAGGACGUGGAUACCGAUGACUGUCUCCGGGAGUACCGGCACCUCUUCAGCCCCGACAUCCUGGCCGGCCAGGUGGCGUUUAUCACCGGCGGCGGCUCGGGCAUCGGCUUCCGCAUCGCCGAGAUCUUCAUGAGGCAUGGCUGCCGGACGGUCAUUGCAAGCCGGAACCUGCAGCGAGUGUCAGAGGCCUCAAAAAAGCUGGUGGCAGCCACAGGCCAGCAGUGCCUGCCCCUCUCCAUGGAUGUCAGGCAGCCCCAAACCGUUGUGGCAGCAGUGGAUGAAGCACUAAAAGAGUUCAAGCGGAUUGACAUCCUCAUUAAUGGUGCUGCGGGAAACUUUCUGUGCCCAGCCAGUGCCUUGUCCUUCAAUGCCUUCAAGACAGUGAUAGACAUUGACACCCUUGGCACCUUCAACACCUCCAAAGUCCUCUUUGAGAAAUAUUUCCGGGACCAUGGUGGGGUCAUCGUUAACAUCACGGCAACCCUGAGCUACCGAGGGCAGGCCCUCCAGGUGCAUGCUGGUGCUGCUAAGGCUGCCAUAGAUGCCAUGACCCGUCACCUGGCUGUGGAGUGGGGACCCAACAACAUCCGAGUGAACAGCUUGGCACCGGGCCCCAUUACCGGCACCGAGGGCUACCGGCGGCUGGGUGGGAAAUUUGCCGAGGAAGCAAGCCAGUUUGACACGAUCCCCCUCCAGCGUGCAGGGAACAAGACAGAGAUCGCCCACAGCACGCUGUACCUGGCGAGCCCCCUCUCCUCCUACGUGACGGGCACCACCCUGGUCGUGGAUGGCGGGAGCUGGCUGACCUCUGCCAACAACUUCCCUGCCUUGCUGGGUAUUGCUUCAUCCUCUGCUAAACUCUAGAUUUCUGGGCUGCAGGAGCAAACAAAAAUCAAUAACGGACAGCCUGGGAUGGACUGAUGGACAGAAACGUGACCGAACGCUGCUGCUUGGGGCCCAUCUCGGGGCGACUUCUCCCAGAGUCAGAGCCGAUAGCUGCCGCCUCUGAUCAGCGACCGGUGGUUGGUGGUGACGCUGCUGAUCCUGCAUCCGCCUGGGGGAGGGGGCACCGGGGGCGCCAGCUGGGAGCGAGCCCACCCCCGUGCUGGGCCGUGACUCCCUUCUGAGCUGACGUGGCCAGGGACAGCGCGGGGUGCGCGGGCUGUGAUGCUUGCUGUCCGUUUGUGUCUCCUUCCACGUUGCUCUCCUGGCCUUUCCCAAGUUCCAGGCCCGUGGUUAUCCAUCCUCUUCCUCCCCUCUCCCCCAUCUCAGUCUGAGAGCUGCCCCAGCAGCAGCUCCUUUUUGGGAGGGGGGGGGGAGUCAUUCAGCCCAUCCUGGGUUGAGAUCAACCUUCAUGCCUGGGCCAGCUCUGCCUUGACAGCAGCAGCUGGCAGCUCUUGGAGGGGAAACAAAGACCAAGCUGGCCCCUGGCAGGGGAAAAGGGCCCCGUCCCCUCACGGGGAGGGGGGCUCGGAUGGGGUGGUGGUCCCUGGAGGCUGAUGCAGAUGCAGCUGGGAUGUCCCUCUCCCAGGAGCAGAGGUGGUGUGAGGUCAGAUCCCCCCAGAGCUGGCUCUGUACUGCCAUGGGCUGUAGCACUGUAUCUGUUGGGAGCCCGAGAUGUCCAGUUGUCUGUCCGGCACCCGUCUGUCUGUCACGCCAGUCUCACGCUGUCUCCUUUCUUCGUACAGACACUACAGCUGAGAGUAAAUCAAGGGCUAGCUGAAAUGCAGUCCUUUCCGAUCAGGGCGCUGAGCUGAGGAGCUGCAGGGGCCGCACCGGGUCUGCGCUGGGCUGCCGGGGCCAAACCCAUCCCUGGUGCCAGCGCCUCAGGGAUACACACACCACUCACACGCAGCGGCCUCCUGCUGCUGCUGGCAAUUUUUAAGCUUACCCUGAAUUCAGUGAAGCUUGUUUUCCUGCUUGAUUGCCUUUCCUACUUGAUUGUAGGCUUGCCAGGUUUUGCUCCUUCCUCCAGGCCACGAAUAAAGAACUUCCACCCUGA